AUGGUGUCCAAGCUCACGUCGCUCCAGCAAGAACUCCUGAGCGCCCUGCUGAGCUCCGGGGUCACCAAGGAGGUGCUGGUCCAGGCCUUGGAGGAGUUGCUACCAUCCCCGAGUUUCGGGGUGAAGCUGGAGACGCUGCCCCUGUCCCCUGGCAGCGGGGCCGAGCCGGACACCAAGCCGGUCUUCCACACUCUCACGAACGGCCACGCCAAGGGCCGCUUGUCCGGGGACGAGGGCUCCGAGGACGGGGACGACUAUGACACCCCUCCCAUCCUCAAGGAGCUGCAAGCGCUCAACACCGAGGAGGCGGCGGAGCAGCGGGCGGAGGUGGACCGGAUGCUCAGCGAGGACCCUUGGAGGGCUGCCAAAAUGAUCAAGGGCUACAUGCAGCAACACAACAUCCCCCAGAGGGAGGUGGUCGAUGUCACCGGCCUGAACCAGUCACACCUCUCCCAGCAUCUCAACAAGGGCACCCCUAUGAAGACCCAGAAGCGCGCCGCCCUGUACACCUGGUACGUCCGAAAGCAACGGGAGAUCCUCCGACAAUUCAACCAGACAGUCCAGAGUUCUGGAAAUUUGACAGACAAAAGCAGUCAGGAUCAGCUGCUGUUUCUCUUUCCAGAGUUCAGUCAGCAGAGCCAGGGGCCUGGGCAGUCCGAUGACGCCUGCUCUGAGCCCACCAACAAGAAGAUGCGUCGCAACCGGUUCAAAUGGGGGCCCGCGUCCCAGCAAAUCUUGUACCAGGCCUACGACCGGCAAAAGAACCCCAGCAAGGAAGAGAGGGAGGCCUUAGUGGAGGAGUGCAACAGGGCGGAAUGUUUGCAGCGAGGCGUCUCCCCCUCCAAAGCCCACGGCCUGGGCUCCAACCUGGUCACCGAAGUCCGCGUAUACAACUGGUUCGCCAACCGCAGGAAGGAGGAGGCGUUCCGGCAGAAGCUGGCCAUGGACGCCUACAGCUCCAGCCAGACGCACGGCCUGAACACCCUGCUCUCCCACGGCUCCCCCCACCACCAGCCCAGCACCUCCCCUCCCAACAAGCUGCCAGGAGUGCGCUACAGCCAGCAGGGAAACAAUGAGGUCACUUCCUCCUCAACCAUCAGUCACCAUGGCAACAGCGCCAUGGUGACUAGCCAGUCUGUUUUACAGCAAGUCUCUCCAGCCAGCCUGGACCCCGGCCACAAUCUCCUCUCACCUGAUGGUAAAAUGAUCUCAGUCUCAGGAGGAGGUCUGCCCCCGGUCAGCACCUUGACAAAUAUCCACAGCCUGUCCCACCACAAUCCCCAGCAAUCUCAAAACCUCAUCAUGACCCCCCUCUCUGGAGUCAUGGCCAUUGCACAAAGCCUCAACUCCUCCCAAGCUCAGAGCGUUCCUGUCAUCAACAGUGUGGCCGGCAGCCUGGCAGCCCUGCAGCCCGUGCAGUUCUCCCAACAGCUGCACAGCCCUCACCAGCAGCCCCUCAUGCAGCAGAGUCCGGGCAGCCACAUGGCCCAGCAGCCCUUCAUGGCUGCUGUGACGCAGCUGCAGAACUCACACAUGUCCUCUCCAAGCCUGGUGAUGCCCACACAUCACUUACUUUGUACACAGCAACAAGGACCCUAUUUACCACACCAUCACCCUCCAGGCAGCUGUCACGGAAAAGCACAGUGACCUGACAAGCAGCCCCUGCGAGACGUCCCUGCUCACCUGACGUCCUGCCACAUCCUGCCGGCGCCUCGGACAAUCCGCUCUGAGAGGCACGGCCUGGAGCCCAGCUUCCCUUCUAUGCAGUAUUGUCACGAUGCCUCUCCCAAGACGUCAAGCUCUCCCUCCAGGUCUGUCCUAAAGGCAGGAGAUGAGAAACCGAGGAAGAGGAAGAAAGAAAGCCGGAGUGUCUACAUUAUACUCCUUCAUCGAACAAACUGACAUGAAAACUUGAAUCUGUUACUGAAACGAGGAGAGGAGGACCCGUGCUAUUGAACUGAGCCAAACGUACUGUAAAUAUCAGCCACCUCCCUCUCCCACCCCACCCCCAUCCCGGCUGAUCUGGAGAUUUCUUUUAAAGAAGUAAAUUUGUCCAAUGGGUGUAAACUAUAAACUACUGUAAUUAAGUGCAAUUUCCCCUCUACGUCCUCUCCCCUCUGCCCUGUAUAUAAUACUAAAGUGUCUAUCGGUUUUCUUCGUAAAGGUCAGAGCUGAAUUUUCAAAGUGAUUUGCCCCCUCUCUCUUCCCCCACGGGAGAAAUAUCUAAGGCGGAAGUGAAGCUCUUGCCGCCUUCCUCAGGCCUGGGCACACACAGGGGCUGCGUGUUUUGGACGGACUGCCAGCUCACUCCAGUCUCCUGAUGUUAAGA